AUGAAGUUGAUUGUGACGGUAUUCGCAUACGUCUUCAAAUGGUACUCACGGCCCUUUGGAGCUACAGUUUUAACUGAGGCGGAAGUCAAGCGACCGUAUUUCCAUGUCAACGAACUUGAGGUCCCUCAAUUGACAAACUGGCGCAAGUAUUUAGACUUCGAGGAAGAAGAGGGCGAUUACACUAGAACAGUAUUUCUCUACGAGAGAUGUCUAGUUACCUGCGCUUUUUACGAUGAAUUCUGGUUCAGGUACGCACGCUGGAUAUCUGCCCAAGAUGGAAAACAGGAGGAAGUACGCAACAUUCUUGGGGUCCGCGAGCCAAUAUUCAUCUGUUCUCCUUACUUCGCCACCGAGCGCACUCUUCAGCAAUAUGCGUACUUUGAAGAAAUGUCAGAUCGCGUGGAUGUCGCGCGUGACAUACAUGCUGCUAUUUUAGAUCGUAUGCCUGGUCAUGUUGAGACCAUCAUUUCUUGGUCCAAUCCGGCGCUCAAUAUGCUCAAUACUAUGCCAAUGGCCAAGAUCCAUACGCUGCAUAUGGUGGUUAUGCAGCAUAUGUUCAGUAUUAUCAACAAUACAUGGCAGCUGCUCAGGACGCUCAACAAGCCAUCUCCGUCUUCUUCUCUCGACAACAGACAGCAACAGCAAUAUACUCAGGUGGAAAUGUGGAAAAUUGGACCGGCGUUUUUCAAUAUGGGGAGAUGGAGCAAAAUUUCUGAUUUUUGGUCAGGAUUCUCAGGAUAA